AUGGAGAACCAACAAACCCCACAGGACAAAAACGUCCACAUCGACGACUCAGCUGCCCUGGAACAGCUCGGCCACAAGCAGGAGCUCAAGAGAAACUUCUCAAAGGUCUCUCUUCUCGGUCUCGCCUUUGCCAUCCUCAACACAUGGACGGCUCUAUCGGCAUCCAUCAGUCUGGCUCUGCCAUCUGGUGGACCCAGCUCUGUUAUCUGGGGUCUCAUCGUCGCCGGUAUCUGUAACCUUUGCCUGGCUGCUCCUUUGGCAGAGAUGCUGUCUGCAUACCCAACUGCUGGUGGCCAGUAUCACUGGGCUGCUCUCCUCGCUUGGCCGAAGUGGUCGAGGGGUAUUAGCUAUGUUACAGGAUGGAUCAACGCUGCUGGCUAUGUGGUUUUGACAGCUACGGCCCCACUCCUGGGUAGUACCUUUGUCAUGGACUCUAUUGCCUUCAUGCACCCGACCUACGAAGCCAAGGCGUGGCACCAGUUCCUCAUCUACCUCGUCUUCACCUUUAUUGCGCUCGCCAUCAACGCUUUCGCCACACGUCUUCUUCCUCUCUUCAACAAAGCUGCUUUCCUAUGGAGUAUCUCUGGAUUUGUUAUUAUUUCGAUUACUUGCUUAGCAUGCGCUGCCCCCGAUUACCAAAGCGGUGCAUUCGUCUAUGGGAAAUUCAUCAACGAAGUUGGCUGGCCUGAUGGUGUAUCCUGGAUGCUUGGACUGCUUCAAGGAGCAUUUGCUCUCACAGGAUUCGAUGCCGCGGCCCAUAUGAUCGAGGAGAUCCCUAAUGCACGCAUAGAAGGACCUAGAAUCAUGAUCUGGUGUAUUCUAAUUGGAAUGGCAUCUGGUUUCAUCUUCCUUUCCUGCCUCCUCUUCGUUCUGAAGGACGUCCAGACCGUCAUCGAGUCUCCCGCCGGCGCGCUUCUGCAGAUGUACUUCGAUGCCACCAACAGCAAGGCCGGAAGCAUUUGCCUCAUCGUCUUCUCUAUCGUGUGCAUGGUGUUCACAGCCUGUGCUAUCAUGACUACCAGUGCGCGUAUGACAUAUGCGUUCAGCCGUGAUCGAGGACUCCCUUUCAGCCACAUUUGGGCGAAAUAUAACGAAAGACUCGAAGUCCCUCUAAACGCUCUCCUCUGGACUACAGGCUGGGUUAUCAUUUUCGGCCUUAUUCUUCUGGGAAGUUCCAGUGCUUUCAAUGCUAUUACUGCGGCUUCAGUCGUUGCUCUGGGUGUCACUUAUGCAAUCCCUCCAGCUAUCCACCUUCUCCGUGGCGGAAACCUCCUUCCCGAAGACCGUCCCUUCAAGCUUAGCACCCCCGUCAGAUGGGUUUGCAGUCUUGUUGGUAUUGCAUGGGCUAUCUUGACAACCGUCCUAUUCGUAUUCCCACCCGAGCUACCCGUUACCCCCAGUAACAUGAACUACUGUAUUGCUGCGUUUGGAAUUAUUCUGCUUAUUGCUGUUGGUACUUGGAUUGUUGAUGGAAGGAAGCAUUACAAGGGCCCUCUUAUUGAGAUGAGCAUGGAUGGUUCCACUCUCGAAGGCGCAUCAAUGGCCGAGACUACAUGCACUUCCAGUCCUGAAGAGGAAACUAAGAAGCACCAAGCUUGA